AUGCAAUUGAUCAACGCCUCUGCACUUGUCUUCAACCUCCUCUGGGUCUCUGGACUCGCCUCUCCCACCCCUCAGGCUGGAUGGAAAACCACCGCCACCAUGCAACUCGCCAACGAUCACUCUGGCGCCAAUGCCAACGUCCCCAUCCCUAUCGACGGUGUCAAGUACUCCGUUCAAGAGCUCUGGGGCAACACCGCGGUUGCACCGCAUGGUCUUGUUUUCGCGUCGAGCGCCCAGGUCACUGCAUUCGACCAAACUACAGUAUGCACCAUUACCGAAGAGUCGGGCUUUGCCGUAACGUUGGAUGCUCAGCGCACCUGGUUGUCGGUCGAUGGACGGCCGGUUGAUCUGUGCUCCGCUUUUGUUGUUUGUGAAUGCGAACUCAUGUGA